GACGUGCACGCCAAGAGCGCGGAGUUGUUUUCAUGUCUUUUCCUUCCUUUUUGUUUUUCUUUUUUUUUUGCGGGGGUGGGGGUGUAAUUCCGCUUGUAGUUGAAACACUUCCGUGUUGUGCUCCCACGAGAAGGAAGUCUGAAGCGAGUCCGACGUGGGGGCGUGCGUCUGUCUUGUGACCGUCCACAGGCGUCCUCGCCCGGUGAAGGUCUUUUUGUCCAUACCCCAACGAGUCGGAAUUGAGCGGUGGUGCUCAGACGUUAGCUCGAGCGGCUAGUCGUCCACCGGCCGCUCGGGAGGCUACUCGUUCGCCGAGCCGGAUCGGCUCGUGUCGCUGACGACGCCGACUUUUGCACGCUGUGCUGACUGCGACAGUCGUUCGGGUGCCGUCAGGACGCGGAAGUGGUCGCUAUAGCCAUUCCGAUGCCAGGUGGCAGGAGGGAACAUGGAGGCUAACUAACUAGCCACUGCGGCACCUGGACGUCGCCAGCAUGCCAACAGGAGUUUGCGGCUGCUGCGGGCCGCUGAGGCCUCGCUACAAACGUCUGGUGGACAACAUCUUCCCUGAGGACCCCAAGGAUGGUCUGAGCAAGUCGGACAUGGAGAAGCUGACGUUUUAUGCCGUGUCGGCUCCAGAGAAGCUGGACCGCAUCGGAGCGUACCUGGCCGAGCGCCUCAGCCGCGAUGUGGUGCGUCAUCGCUACGGCAACGUGGUGAUUGCCAUGGAGGCUCUGGACCAGCUGCUGAUGGCCUGCCACUCGCAGAGCAUCAAACCCUUUGUGGAAAGCUUCCUGCACAUGGUGGCAAAGCUACUGGAGUCCAAGGAACCGGACCUGCAAGUUCUGGGGACCAACUCGUUUGUGAAGUUUGCCAACAUCGAAGAGGACACUCCAUCCUACCACCGCCGCUACGACUUUUUUGUGUCGCAGUUCAGCGCCAUGUGCCACUCCACCCACGAAGACCCGGACACAAGGACCAGGAUCCGCGUGGCUGGCAUCAAGGGUCUGCAAGGGGUGGUCCGAAAGACGGUCAACGACGAGCUGCAGGCCAUCAUCUGGGAGCCGCAGCACAUGGACAAACUCAUCCCGUCCAUGCUCUUCAACAUGCAGGACGCCGACGACAUGGACAGGGUGGGGGCGGGGCAUCCAAGCACCCCGUGCGUGUCCAGUCAAGACGGCGAAGAGAAUCCGUCCACGCUGGCUGAGAGCUGCUUCAGAGAACUGUUGGGACGCGCUGCCUACGGAAACAUGAACAAUGCCGUCAGACCCGUGCUCGUUCACCUGGACAACCAUCACCUGUGGGAACCCAACGAGUUUGCCGUUUCCUGCUUCAGGAUCAUCAUGUACUCCAUCCAGGCACAGCACUCUCACCACGUCAUCCAGCAGGUCCUGGGCCACUUGGACACCCAUAACAAGAGCACCCCCAGGGUGCGCGCCGGCAUCGUACAAGUGCUGCUGGAGACGGUAGCCAUCGCCGCCAAAGGCUCUGUGGGUCCCACGGUGCUGGAAGUGUUUAACACGCUGCUCAAGCAUUUGCGCAUGAGCGUGGACCUAGAGCUGGGCGAGAGCUCCCGCAGGAACUCGGCCAGCAGCGCCUCGUCGGGCCGCGGCAAGGAGAGUGAUGAGCGCAUCGUGCAGAAUGCCAUCAUUCAGACCAUUGGAUUCUUCGGCGGAAACCUACCCGACUACCAGAGGGCCGAGGUUAUGAUGUUCAUCAUGGGCAAGGUGCCCGUCUACGGGACGCCGUGCCACACGCUGGACACUGUCAAGAUCGGGCAUCAGGGGACCAAGCGGAUCCAGACCAUGCUGCUCAGCUCCCUCAUCAUGGUGACGUCAGGUUUCAAGUCCAAGUCGAUGUCGGGCGCUCUGCCAUCCCCCUUCUUGGACCCACUCUUCUCCAUCUCGUUGAUGGAGGACAGCGAGCUGCGUCAGCUGGUGCUUGAGAUCCUGCACAACAUCAUCGACAGACACGACAACCGUGCCAAACUCCGAGGAAUCAGGAUUAUCCCCAACGUGGCAGCUCUGAAGAUCAAGCGGGAGAAGAUUUCCAAGCAGGAUGUGGCUUUCAUGAAGAAGCACGGCCAGCAGCUGUACCGCCACAUUUACCUGGGCUGCAAGGAGGAUGACAAUGUGCACAAGAACUUCGAGCUGCUCUUCACCACACUCGCCGUCCUCACCAUCGAGCUGGCCAAUGAGGACGUUGUCGUCGAGCUUGUGCGCCUCUCUGUCGCUCUGCAGGACAUGGCUCUGUCGACAGAGGAGAAUUUGUCCAUGUGGCUGCGUUGCGGCGUGUUGGCCUUGGUGGCGGCGUACCUCAACUUCCUCAGUCAGAUGAUCGCCAACACCACCUUCUGCCAGCACGUCAGCAAGGUGAUCGAGCUGCGCAACCUGGACGCUCCCUACCUUCUCCCCGAGCACGUCUUCCGCGACAAGUGCUCGCUUCCCGACAGUCUGGACAGGGACGACGCGGCGCUCUUCUUCCAGAGCGCCGACAUGGCCGACAGUCUGACGGGAGCCGGAUACAACGCCGACAGACUCAACGUUCCGUACGUGCCGCAGGUCACAGAUGAAGAGCGGCUGACAAGGAGGAAGAGCUUCGUGGACACCAUCUCGUUGCAGGUGGACAUCCUGGCCAGCAGCCUGCCGGACAAGUCGCAGCUUGCCGAGGAAAUCACCUUUGAGACCCUGAAGAAAGCCAUUGACACGAGCGUCCUGGAGGAUCAAGAGCGUGAGCGUCGCCGUCAGGUGAUGGAGAAAUUCCAGAAAGGUCCUUUUGAGGAGAUUGCGGCGCACUGCGAGUCCAAGGCCAACAUGCUACAUGAGCGUCUGGCGCACAUCUUCGAACUCACCAUCAGACCACCACCGAGUCCAUCUGGCGUGGUGUCGGUGUCUUCGGGUCACGCCCAGCACCAGUCGGUACCAAUCUACGAGAUGAAGUUCCCCGACCUGUGCGUCUACUGAGUGCGUGUCCACACACAUCAUGCGUACACUCGCCAAAUCCUCGUCAUGAUCUUGGAAAUGCACGAAAAAGGCUUUUGCCACUAGGCGAGUCACUAGGCGGCAGUAAAACUUGAUUUUAAAAAAAAAA